AAAAUAAAUAUAUACUUAAUAUUAUUUGAAUUUGAUUCUAAAUUACAAAAAUGGAAUUCCUAACGAAUUUUAUAAAAAAUCCCCAGACCAUUUUGUCAUCGUACAUCGAUCUGGAUUAUUCACUAUGGCUAUAUCGCUUUCUAACGCCGCUGAUUGUCACAUUCCUGCUGCCUUUGGUCUUUGUUGCACUCAUUUACAUAUCAUUCUUGGUGCUCUUCAUCUACAAAUUGCACAGGCAAGUUAUUAUGCGAGCCGUGCAAUCGGAUCGAAAUUUCUGGCAAGUGGGCCGUAAAAUUGUGGCCGCCAUUUGGGAUGCACAUGCUCGGAUUUAUCAUGGCUAUGAGGUGAUUGGUCUGGAGAAUAUACCACAGGAGGGACCCGCCUUGAUCGUGUACUACCAUGGCGCGAUCCCCAUUGACAUGUACUAUCUGAACUCGAGGAUGCUGUUACAGCGAGAGCGCUUAAUUUACACGAUCGGUGAUCGUUUCCUAUUCAAAUUACCCGGCUGGGGCACCAUCUCGGAGGCAUUUCAUGUCAGUCCCGGCACAGUGCAGUCAUGUGUGAGUAUAUUGCGGGAUGGCAAUCUGCUGGCCAUAUCGCCGGGCGGUGUUUACGAGGCGCAAUUCGGAGAUCAUUAUUAUGAGCUGUUGUGGCGGAAUCGUGUGGGUUUCGCCAAAGUGGCCCUGGAGGCCAAAGUGCCAAUAAUACCCUGCUUUACGCAAAACUUGCGUGAAGGUUUCCGUCAGGUGGGCAUAUUUCGUACAUUCUUUAUGCGUUUGUACAAUAAAGUCCGUAUACCGGUGUACCCCAUCUAUGGUGGGUUUCCAGUUAAAUUUCGCACCUAUUUGGGUGCGCCCAUUGCCUAUGAUGAGAGCCUGUCGCCGCAGGAUCUGCAAGUGAAGGUAGCCACCGCCAUUGAGGAACUCAUUAAUCGGCAUCAGCGACUUCCUGGCAGUAUCCUGUGGGCUCUCUUGGAUCGAUUGCCGUCUGCCUUUAGACGACGUAGCGAUAGCCUUAAUCUCAGCAACACUCAGACGAAAAAGAAGGAUCAAUAGCCCAGAAAUUCUUCUUCUUCGAUGGGGGAAGAAACAUAAUUGUGAAAUCAAUGGAUAGAAUCAAUACGAAA